UCUGGAUCGUCAUAUGCAGACCCAUCAUGGACACCAUAAGCCGUUCCGUUGCAAACUGUGCCCAUUCAAGUCAUCUUAUAAUAGCCGCCUGAAAACCCAUAUACUCAAGGCUCAUGCUGGUGAACAUGCCUACAAAUGUUCCUCCUGCUCAUUUUCCACCAUGACAAUCAGCCAGCUGAAAGAGCACUCCUUGAAAGUGCAUGGGAAAGCACUGACACUACCAAGACCCCGCAUUGUCAACCUUGCAGCCUCACACGCCCACCACACCUCCAAGAACCACACAGUGGAUAUUAUUGAGGUUUUGGCUAGGAACCUUGAUGAUGUGAUGGAAAUUUUUGAUCCCUUCUUCCUGAGGAAGGGAACAGUAAGCUACAAACUAGACUUUAAUCAGUACCCCACAAACUCUUCAUACUCUGAGCCUCCUGAUGUUCAGCAGCAGUUGAACCACUACCAGUCUGCAGCUUUGGCCAGGAACAACAACAUCAGCCCAAUCCCACUUUCUGGGAGUGCUGCAGGAGUGGAAAAAACGGAAGCCAUCCUUAACUGUGAAUUUUGUGAAUUCUCCUCGGGUUACAUACAGAGCAUUCGGCGUCACUACCGUGACAAGCACGGAGGGAAAAAACUCUUCAAGUGCAAAGAUUGUUCCUUUUAUACAGGCUUUAAAUCUGCUUUUACUAUGCACGUGGAAGCUGGGCAUUCGGCAGUUCCUGAGGAAGGACCCAAAGACCUUCGCUGUCCUCUUUGCCUAUAUCACACCAAAUAUAAACGCAACAUGAUUGACCAUAUAGUUCUGCACAGAGAAGAACGGGUCGUUCCCAUUGAAGUCUGCCGUUCCAAACUGUCAAAGUACUUGCAGGGAGUUGUUUUCCGCUGUGAUAAGUGUACCUUUACCUGCUCCAGUGAUGAGAGCUUGCAGCAGCACAUAGAGAAGCACAAUGAACUGAAACCUUACAAAUGCCAACUCUGCUACUAUGAGACCAAACACACAGAGGAGCUGGACGCUCACCUUCGAGAUGAGCACAAGGUGAGUCGUAAUUUUGAGCUGGUCGGACGGGUUAACUUGGACCAGUUGGAACAAAUGAAGGGGAAAACAGAGAGCUCCAGUAGUGAUGAAGAAGAAAAAGAAGAAGAGUUAAGCCCCAAGACUGAAGAGCGAGAUCCCAUGAUGUUUCCUGAUAGCGGUGCUCCAGAGAAACGCUUCCCGUGCGAGUUCUGUGGCCGAUCAUUUACAGAAGGCUCUGAGUGGGAGCGACACGUGCUGAGACAUGGCAUGGCACUGAACGAAAGCAAGCACAGGACCAGUGAGGACAGCCAGCCAAAGGAGGAUGUAGAAGAAACUGUUAGUACACUGCCAGAAGAAAAAGACGACAUUGAGAAAAUGGUGGUGGACUAUUCCCACAACAGUGAAACAGCAGUCAGCAUGGUAGCUGCUGACAAACCUCUCCAAGACAACUCGGAGGCCAAAAACGAAUAA